UGCUGUGUGGAUAUAUGGGCUCUAUCUACUCUACGGCCCAUCGGCCUGGGCUGCCUUGGCCUGUGCCGCUCCCAGCAGACGGACGUGCCAGGACUUUCCGCCGCCGCCGCCGCCAUGCUCGGGCAUCUCCGGCGAUCCCUCCGCGCUCUUCACCGCCUACCCGCCAGCGGCCACGCAGCCUGCGACCCCGUUCCCCUCCACCGGUUCUUGAGUUCGCAGAUAGAGCCCAUAUCUGGUUGGUUUAAGCAUGCUACUAGAGAUUUCUCGACUUCCAAAAAUGUUGCUGGAGGCCGAGCAUAUCAGCAAAAGGAGUUAGAACCAACUACGCCUGCAAAGGACUCUGAUAUAAUAAUCAAACGCGUACAAAAGAGCACAAGGGAAUUGGAACAAGGGCCUGUUGGAAAAAAAUUGGCUUCAGCAGAGAAAAGGAAAUUUCUUGUCAACACUCUCCUUGGCCUCAAAGAUUCAAGAGAAGUUGUUUACGGCACCCUUGAUGCUUGGGUUGCCUUUGAGCAGGAUUUUCCUCUGGCGUCACUAAAGCAAGCACUUUCAGCUCUCGAAAAGGAGCAACAAUGGCAUAGAAUUGUCCAGGUGAUAAAAUGGAUGCUAAGCAAAGGGCAAGGAAAUACAAUGAGAACUUAUGAGCAAUUAGUGUGUGCACUUGAGAAGGAUAAUAGAGCUGAGGAAGCACAUAAAAUCUGGCAGAAGAAAAUAGCCCAUGACCUCCAUUCAGUUCCUUGGCGUUUCUGCCAUCUUAUGCUGGCUAUCUAUUAUAGAAAUAAUAGGCUAGAAAGGCUUGUGAAGCUCUUCAAAGAACUAGAAGCAUGUGGUCGUAAACCUCCAAGCAAAGAUAUUAUACGGAAAGUUGAAGAUGCAUACGAAAUGCUUGGACUACUAGAAGAAAAGGAAAUGUUGCUUCAAAAAUACAAGGAUUUAUACAACAGGCCAUCUCGAGAUGAUCGAAGGAGAGGCUCCAAAUCCAAAAAGACUGAGUUGGAUAAAACAGACGCUGAUGGAAGCAUGCAAAGUAAGAUGGUAACAUCUGAAAAUCAUCAAGAUCACUGUUGCCCUUCAGAUAAGGAAUCAGCUGUGACCGUUCAGUCAUGAUAAGAGACUCGUUACUGAUCCACUGACACGUGACAUCAGAUCAGACCAAAACCAGAUUCUGCCAGCACUUGCAAUCUUGAUGCUCUCAGUACAGGUUUGCUCUUAGUAGCUGUCUAGCUGAUGCAGGGAUGCAGCCAAUAGUGUGCCGUAAUUUGGAACAUGCCACCUCCUUUUGUUUUCCUGGUGCUGUCAAUAGUUGGUGCUAUUCAGAAUUUGAUUUUUUUUAUAGCUUGGGGCAAACAUGUCAUCCCACUGCCAUCAAUUAUUACUCUCUGUGUAGCUUGGCCAUAGAACAAGGGCAUUUGUAUUUGUAGGGAAACUGGAAACUUUCUGAUGUUACUAAACGCGCACAGGCACUUCCAGUUUCUUAUUGGCACCAUCCAUCCAUCCAUCCAUCUUACUAUAUAUAUAUAUCACAAAUUCACCA